UUUAGUCUCGGCUUUUAAUACCGUUUUAGAGCGUUUUCGAGUUGGUCGUGUUUUUGUUAACCAAAAAUCGAAAAAAAAAACUUAACCAAUUCCCAAAAAACUUUUCAUAAAAUAAAACUCUUCGGCUGUGCUAAAAAACCGAUAUAAAACAAAAUUGUACUUAAAAUUCCGCGCAUACAAAAUAAAGUUUAUAAAAAACUUUUUUCGCUCGCUUUGUUGCACAUUAACAUAAGCAUUUAAAAACGGUGUAAAAGACGAGGAAAAGGCAAACGUUAACAACUUCUUCAUCUUCGUAUUAUUAUUUUUUUUUUUUGGAGAAACAUAAAAUCAGCAAUAAAAUACUUUUAUGCAUGCGAGUCCUCGUCGUUCGAUAAGCAAAGGAAAAAAACAGACAAUUAAAUAAAUUUGCUGAAUUCCUUUUUUUUUCAUUUAUUUUGCCUGGAAAGUUUCGAACGGAAAUGUAAACUACUCGCCCCCGCCCGAUCGACGAGCCAAUUUUCGAUUUUUUUUCGAGUCAACUCGCGGCCAGCAGCAAAAUUCUAAGAACAGGCCUACUAACACCACCACACCACACAUUUGCUGUAAAACCCCAAUUUGUUGUCAAAUAAACAAAUAAAAGAGGAAAUCCAAAAGCCAAACGCAUCAAAUACACAACAAACAAACAAAAAAGACGGAAGUGUUUUUAUAAAGCGGCAAAAAGCAAAGCGGCGCAUCCUGUUUCGGUUUUUUCCACACUCUCUCGCACUCUCUAACUCAGUUGCUCUCUUUCUCUCAAUCGCUUGCGCACUGACCACGGACUGCAGCAUUAAGAGUUGUUAGACAUCCACAAAAAAAACUCCAAAUAAUAAUAAACAACUGCAAGAAAACGCGGCUAACGCAAUCCGUCUACUUUGCCGCUUCUAUUUGUUCUUCCACAAUCCCGAUUGUUGAUUGAUAUACGAUAUAACCAACUCCAAGCGAUCCGCACAGACCGACCAACAAGAUGACCGGUUUCACUAACGGGGGCUUCGAGAACGAUGAGCCCGUCAAGCCAAAAGCUGGUUUCGAGCCAGACACCGCCUCGCUGCGAGAGAAAGUUGUGCUGAAUCCGGCCGAGAAAUGGCGCAUCUUAAAGAAUAUCUCGAUUAUCUCGAUUGCAUUUAUGGUGCAGUUUACAGCAUUUCAGGGCACAGCCAAUCUACAGUCCUCGAUCAAUUCCAAGGAUGGCCUGGGCACAGUGUCGCUGAGUGCGAUUUAUGCGGCUCUGGUCGUCUCCUGCAUAUUCCUGCCCACACUGAUCAUUCGGAAGUUGACGGUGAAAUGGACGCUAGUGUGCAGCAUGCUCUGCUAUGCACCCUACAUUGCAUUCCAGCUGUUCCCACGAUUCUACACACUGGUGCCAGCUGGCAUUCUAGUGGGCAUGGGGGCGGCGCCAAUGUGGGCGUCGAAGGCCACAUAUUUGACACAAGUGGGCCAAGUGUAUGCGAAGAUCACUGAUCAGGCGAUCGAUGCGAUUAUUGUGCGCUUCUUUGGCUUCUUCUUUCUGGCCUGGCAGUCCGCUGAGCUUUGGGGCAAUCUGAUCUCUAGCUUGGUUCUCUCCAGCGGUGCCCACGGCAGCGGUGACUCAAGCAGCGCAAAUUCCACCAUUAGCGAAGAUGAUUUGCAGUAUUGUGGUGCCAGUUUCUGCACCACUGGCGCCAGCGGACACGGCAAUCUGGAACGUCCACCAGAUCAUGAGAUCUUUGAGAUUUCGAUGAUCUAUUUGUCCUGUAUUGUUGCUGCCGUCUGCAUUAUAGCCUUCUUCCUGGACCCCCUGAAGCGUUACGGUGAGAAGCGUAAGGGUUCAAAUUCUGCCGCUGAGAUAUCGGGUCUCCAGCUGCUCUCCGCCACAUUCCGCCAGAUGAAGAAACCCAAUCUGCAGCUGCUCAUUCCAAUCACCGUGUUCAUUGGCAUGGAACAGGCCUUCAUUGGCGCUGACUUCACCCAAGCCUAUGUAUCUUGCGCUCUGGGCAUCCACAAGAUCGGCUAUGUGAUGAUCUGUUUCGGCGUGGUUAAUGCCCUCUGCUCUAUUCUGUUCGGAUCGGUAAUGAAAUACAUUGGCCGUACACCUAUCAUUGUUCUCGGCGCUGUCGUUCACUUUACACUCAUCUCCGUGAUGCUCUUCUGGCGCCCAAGUCCCGACAAUCCCAUCAUCUUCUAUGCCAUGUCCGGCCUUUGGGGUGUUGGUGAUGCCGUCUGGCAAACACAGAUCAAUGGUCUCUAUGGUCUACUCUUCAGACGAAACAAGGAAGCUGCCUUCUCCAACUACCGUCUCUGGGAAUCGGCUGGCUUUGUUAUCGCCUACGCUUAUGCCACAACGCUCUGCACCCGCAUGAAGCUCUACAUUCUGCUUGCGGUUCUCACGCUCGGCUGCAUCGGCUACGUCAUUGUCGAAAUUCUGUACAGAAAGAAGCAACGCAAGAUCAAGAAGCAAGAGAAAUUGGAGGCCGCCGAGAAGGAGAAGGAGGCUGCUGCCGCCGCCGCUGCUGCUGCUGCCGCUGCCGAGGCGAAUGUCGGCGUCGACGGCGUCGAGGAGACCGAUGAUGAGCUCGAUGAUCUCGAAGAAGAUAUUGUAGUCACGCGUCUGUAAUAAUCUAACAAAGCAAAAGCAAAAACAAAACUCUAUCUAACCUGUUGAUUGUUGUAUGUUCUAUUUGUUUGUUUUGUCUUAACGCCGCCGUCGACGUCGUCGUCGCAGUCGCAGUCGCUGCUGUGACGGACGCCACAAAAAAAGCGUUGCAUACACGCGGGCGCGCUCUUUCACAUACCACACUACACAGACACAGACACACACGCAUACGUACGCGCGCGCGCACACACACACGCACGCACGCAUGUGGAGUGUCAUUUGAUUUGUCGUCGUUGUAUCUAGUUUAUAGAACAUUAGUAGUACAUUAAAAAAAGAAAACAAAAGA